AUGCCGCUCUGUGCUGUACUGACAUGUAAAUCAAGGUCAGACUGCCCGAGCGGUUCCUCUUCACGACUCACCUUCCAUCCGUUCCCAACCAAUGAAGAAAUAAGAGAGAAGUGGAUUGAUAUGACCGGUCGUGACGACUGGACCCCAACAAGGAACGAUUAUAUUUGCUCUAAGCACUUCAGAGAUACUGAUUACUUCAUCAAGCGUUCAGGCAACCGUUACCUGAAGACUGCUGCAAUUCCCUGCGAGUAUGUCGUCUACCGUGACCUGCCGCCUAUUGAAGACAUCCCAAGCACCUCUCGAGGAGUGAACCGGGAGGCGGUGGCACGCGACGAGCCUUUACCGCAGUUGAGCCGUGACUCCUCCCCUGAUCUCUCCCUUCCGAUCCAGGAAGCCGACACCACAUUCUCCGAAGACUUGGACAUUGACUGUAACGAGAAUGAUCUCGCUGCUUGGACGGCGUUCCAGCCGGAAAGCUUCUUUGCUCCUCCCACACCGAGCCCGGUGCUUGAUCGGCGUUCGUCUGCUGAAGCUGAUUCUAGCAGUUUUGAGGAGAAAUUCAGAGGACGAGCGAAAAAGGCGAGAAGGUCCAGGCGAAGGAGUCGCCCAUCUACCUCGCAGCGUCGGUCGCGAGAGCCGAUCGCAACGACAGAACCACAAGGUGAAGUAAGAUCAUCAAGCGAAGAAUGA